AUGAGUUUACUACUGAUAGAUUAUUAUGUUUCUCCAGGGAGAGUCACUCCAGGGCAGCUCAUGUCCUAUAUUCAGCUCUUCAAGAACAACCUCAAAGCUUUAGUGAAUCACUGUGGGCUCCUACAGCUUGGGCUGGCCACAGUUCAAACUCUGAAACACCCUCAGACUGCUAAGUGGGACAACUUUCUGGCUUUUGAAAGACUCCUCCUCCAGAGCAUUGGGGAGUCAACAAUGUCUGUUGUGUUAAAUCAGCUGCUGCCCAUGAUUAAACCUUUGGACCGGAGGACCAAUGAUGACUAUAGCCCUGAAGAGCUGCUGGUCCUCCUGAUAUAUAUUUAUUCUGUCAGUGGAGAGUUCACAGUGGACAAAGACCUGGGGGAAGCUGAGGAAAACGUGAAGAAAGCUUUGGCUCAGGUCUUCCUAGAAGAGUCUGAAUUGUCACCUCUGCUACAAAAAAUCACAGGCUGUGACUCUUCAAUGACGCUGACAUUUCAGAAAUCCAAAAUUGCUGCAGAUAAGCUCUUUGCCUCGCUUCAGGAUAUCGCCGGAGCUCGGAAUCUCAUGAAACAGUUUAAGUCUGUAUAUGCUCCUGGAAAUCAUACCCACCAGGCAUCCUACAAGCCAUUGUUGAAGCAGGUUGUGGAAGAAAUAUUUAAUCCUGAGAAGCCAGACCCAGUGGAUAUUGAACACAUGUCUUCAGGCCUCACUGACCUCCUUAAAACUGGAUUCAGCAUGUUUAUGAAGGUGAGCCGUCCUCAUCCCAGCGACCACCCUCUCCUGAUCCUCUUCGUCAUUGGCGGGGUCACAGUCUCAGAAGCCAAGAUGAUCAAAGACCUCGUGCCGUCCCUGAAGCCAGGAACCCAGGUCAUCGUGCUGUCCACGCGACUCCUGAAGCCACUUAACAUUCCUGAGCUGUUGUUUGCUACCGACCGGCUGCAUCCAGACCUUGGCUUCUGAGCGGCUGCUAAGAGGACACCUGCCCAAGGUGGAAAUACCUGUCCUGUUACCCGCCGCCAUUCAAGACACACCUCCAGACCCCACGUCCUCCUGCUAAUUGUGGGGAGGAUGGAAUUCUGCCCCAGACGUCUUGAGAACCAUGUAGCAAAGUGCUUUACUUGGACUGCAAAUGGGUCUUUAAAAAAAAUUGUAUUUUUAUUCAUUUUUCUGAAGGUAUCUCACUCUCAGCUGGCUUUAUUCGACAUAAUUCCCAUUUCUGCUUAAUCCUCUGUUUGUGAUCUUCCCGAUUCAUGCUACAAACUCCUGAAUUCUACCUAAACGCCUGUUGGCAAGUGUUGGUAGCUUACAAGCUAUUUGAUCUGCAGUGGCUCAAGAAAUUAGACGUGCUUUAGAAUUAUGAGUGUGAAGAAAGUUUGGUUUCCCUUAAGAUUAUGUAACUGGGGAGGGAACGUUGCGAAUCGAUCUGAGAGCUUGCUGAAAAGGCAAGGAAGGGAGGGGUUAGCAGCUAGGGCCCUGCUGGUAGCCUCCCUGCCUCAUAACUGGGCCUGUCAUUACAAAGGGCUGCAUUGUCCCCUUGAGCUCACGCGGCAGGGUCCCCAGUCUAUGUGCAACAGUAGUGAGAGAGAGGUUGACUGGAGGGCUGGUUCUGCCCAUAAAAGCUUUCCUCCCCUCCCAAAGGAAGGCCCCCCUUAGGGCAUCUGGUCCAGGGGGUCUAGAUGAGAACCUCAACCCCUGGGACUUUUAUGAGUUAGUGUUUCUAUUGAAAUAGAGAGUUCUCUUUUCGGGUUGUCUCACUUUUCCUUCUGGUCCUAGCAGAAAAACCUAGACCCAACUAGUGAAAUUAUUUAAGAACUCUGGCAAAAAUGAACUGCUUGGUACCCACACAUUUGUAGGUGUAUGGUUCAUGGAAAAUUACUAGCGUCUCUAAAAGAUGUGUGUAAUGAAGAGAGAAACCUGAAAAACUGUUCUAGAGUGGAUUAAACAGGUGGGGGAAGUAGAAUGUAAAUUAAAACUCUCAUGUGUCUCAGAUUUUAGUUCCCUAUAAAAUAAUGUUAUUUUAAUGAAAAAACUGUGAAGUUCAAAAUCAUUCUGAGAUGCAAUCAAAGUAGGUUUUAUAGACACCAAUGUCCUUCUUCUUCUCCUCCUCCCCGUCCCCCUCCUCCUUCUUCUUCCUUUCUUCUUCUUCUUCUUCUUUUGUCCAGGUAUGUUCCCACCAGUGGCACUGAUAAUAGAGACCCCAUGUUUCUUUCAUUCCCCUGAUCUAGAAGUUCAAAUCUGAGUCAGGGAGAAAAUGGCGAUAGCCAGAAAGAAAUGCUAAUUAAAGCAGAGAUUUAAUUUUAUUUUCUAAAAAU